GGGAUACGAACGAAGCUGUCAGCUGAGAUGGUGCGAUGUUAAAUAUGCAUGGUAUUUAUAGCGUACGUGCGGAACGCUGUAUGUGUACUUGUGCCAAAAACAUCAGUCGAGGAGAACUCAUGUUGUGUUAAAGCAGUUCCUGGUGUUAUUUUUCGCCAGCGUCUGUAAGUUGUGCAUGCUCGCACCAAAACAACUAUUCGCUGGUGUAGUUCAUCGUGGAAGAAACCGCAGUGUCUAUAGGAACAAGCUUAAUUUCGCAAAAUGAAGCGCAAAGCGGGAACCACUCUUUUCCGACAGAUUUACGACCAACCUUAUUCAGAUUCGAUGAGGGUACAACUCUACAACAGUACUAAACGGAGCAAGGACAUGCUCCAGCGCCUCAGCCUCCUGCAAUCUCUGCCGGUCCACAACGGCUGCGUGAACUCCCUCUGCUGGUCGGAGAGCGGCCAGUACCUCCUGUCCGGCUCUGACGACCAGCACCUCGUCAUCACAGACGCCUACAACUACAACGUCAUGAGUGAUUACAAGACUAGCCAUCGGGCAAACAUAUUUAGUGCCAAGUUCCUUCCAAACAGCAGCAACCACCACGUAGUGUCAUGUUCUGGGGAUGGGAUCAUCCUCUACACAGACUUGAUCAGCAAAGACGAGAGCCUGUACAACCAGUUCAACUGCCACUCGGGGACAACGUACGAGGUCAUCACUGUCCCUAACGACCCUCACACGUUCUUGAGCUGCGGUGAGGAUGGCACGGUUCGGUGGUUCGACUUGCGCAUCAAGAACAAGUGCAACAAGCCACAGUGCAAAGAGGAUGUAAUGAUAACAUGUCAGCGAGCAGUAACUGCUCUCUCUGUGAGCCCCAUAGUGCCAUACCAACUCGCUAUUGGCUGCUCCGACAGCACAGUGCGCAUGUUCGACCGACGAAUGCUCGGUACAAAAGCAUCAGGCUGGAGUGAACAUAGUGGGGCAUUAAGGCCUUUGUGCUCAUUCACUGUGCCACAGUUUGAGGACAGGUCAUAUCGCAUCACGUCGCUGUGCUUCAGUCCCGAGGGAGAGGAUAUUCUUGUCAGUUACUCAUCUGACCAUCUGUACCUGUUCAGCGUGAAGGACCAAAACGGAAUGAGCCUGAGCUCUAAAAUGGAAGAGGCAGGGUGCUUGGACAAGCUGAAGAAAACAUCACAGCGGACCCCGCCCCCUGUGAGGCGGCUGCGACUCCGUGGUGAUUGGUCGGAUACAGGUCCCAAUGCUCGGCCUGAGCGGGAGUCUGGCAGACACGAGGUGGCGCGCGUGAGACCCACGCUGCACGCCACUCUGAUGCAGCGCAUGACGGACGUCCUCUCCCGCAUGCUGAACGACCCGGCGACGCGUGCAGCGCUGUCGGGGGGCGGGGAGGACUCGGUGGAGGGGGACACGGAGGCGCAUGCGACCCGUGACGAGGGCACCCAGGCGGGGGAGGAGGAGGAGGAGGAGGAGGGGGAGGUGGCGGCUCCGGUCCCCCAGCUAUCCUCCCUCACCAUCGCGGCAGAGGAGCGGGAGCCCUCGCCGCCCCCCGAGGGGCCCCGGCCGGACCCGGAGGGCUCCGCCGGAGACGAGGGCGCGAGCGAGGCCUCCAUGUCGGCCGUGGCGACGGGCGAAGCGUCGUCCGGCGCUGCGAUCGACGAGAACAUCACCAACCUGCAGGACCAGCUGUCCACCAUGAGGGAUGAGUUCCUUGAGAGGCACGGCAGCGAGCCGACCGUCAGCCUGGUGUACUCGGACAAGGGCUCCACCAGCGCCACCAUAUCACUGGGGGUGGGGGAUGAGGUCAGCAGAGACCUGCACCCCAACACCUCCGCCGGCCCAGAUGCACCUUCCUUCGCUCCGACCACAGGCGAUGUGGAGGGUGUUGCAGAAAACGCAACACCAGAAGAUUGUGCAGAUGCUGCAGAGCCAAGUCAACCAGAAAGGCCCAGUCAAGCCAGAGAAGACGUGGAGACGUACGACAGUGACGAUGAAGUGGAGUACCUCACUCCCAGCGUAGAGAUCAUGCCGUCUCAAGCGCGUUACCCGGCAUUGGACGAGUUGCGGCACGACGAGUCGCGGCACGACAAGGAGGUGGUGUUUGACGAGCAGUGCGUCAACCAGCCGGCCAUCAAGCAGAAGUACACCGGCCACAGAAACGCCAGGACGAUGAUUAAGGAGGCCACGUUCUGGGGCGAGAACUACGUGCUGUCGGGCUCUGACUGCGGCCACGUGUUUGCGUGGGAUCGCUCCAGCGGAGAGCUGGUGAUGCUGCUGGAAGCGGACCGCCACGUCGUCAACUGCCUGCAGCCCCACCCGUUCCUGCCCAUCCUCGCCACCUCCGGCAUCGACUACGACGUCAAGCUGUGGGCGCCCCUCGCGGAGGAGCCCAGCUUCGAUACCCAGGAGGCAGAGGUGCUGAUGAAACGAAAUGAAGUGAUGCUUGAGGAAACCAAAGAUACAAUCACCGUACCUGCAUCUUUCAUGAUCCGCAUGCUGGCCUGUCUCAACCAAAUACGCAGAGGGGGCAGGAUCCGGGCACGGAGGCGACAGCCAGAAGGAGAAGGGUCCAGCGGCAACUGAACACCAUCACAGUUCCGGCAUAACUUGGUUAUCAAGCAUGCCGUUUUCCGACAGGUGGAAAUAUUCCUGAAACGUCUAAAUCUUUCUUUAGCAAAGAAGUCUUCACCUCUUUCAAGAUCGCUUAAGCAGUAAGGUAUUUUUAGAAACCAGAGGUCAUAAACCUUGCCACAUUUUCUGGGAAAUAAUUUUCUUUCUGUGGCUAAAAAAUUUUAGUUUUUGAGUAAACUGCAAAAAAAAAUUUUUUGAAUACAUGAAAAUCCUAUAGCAUUUUGUAUAUAUAGCUUAAUGUAACCUAUGAAAAUGUGUGUAAAAUUAUACUUUUUGUGUUAAUUUUUAUAAGCCCUUGUUAUAUUAGGUACUGUAAUGUAAUUUUCUUUUAAAUCAUACAUUGUGUUUUGCUAUUUUGUGUGUUAUAGAAGCUAGUAUGUUUUCACUUCAAGAUUAAGAUUUGUAGAAGUAGUCAUUUUAUAUAUAUAAAAUGGACAAUGAAAAUUUAAUUAAAAUAUUCCUGUUAAGAGUUCAGUUCACCAUCCAGUGUUGGAAAUUCUUCUACCACCCCUACCCUAACUCUGCUUUUUUUUCCCUUCCCUUUUUGCUUAUAUAAAAAAGGGGAGGUAAAUUUUUUUAAACUGUGGAUUUGUGAAAUAUGCCAAUUCGUAUAAACUUGAACAUACACUGACUUCAAUAAUCUUGUGACAAUUUUAAGAAGUGAUACACUAUUCAGUGAGGCAAAAUUUUAUAAUGAUUUUUAACACACGUUCAACCUAGAAAUAACUAAACCUGGAAUGGAAGUAGAUAUAAAGAAAAAUUUUUGCAUGUAUAGUAUCAACGUAAUGUUGCCUGGUGAACUAAUUUUCAAAACAUGUCUACUCCGUGAACACAAAGUAAACAAAUGAGCAAUUUUUUUUUUUGUUUAAGGAGUAGACUUAUUUAGAAUAUCUCACAUAAGUGUUCAUAUAAGUUUAUUCGAAAAUUAAAUGCACUGACAAAUUUUGUACAACUGGAGGUCCACAAAACUGAGGAUUAGCUGUAUUUUUUUGUUCAGUACAUAAUACUUCCAAGAUAUCAAUUUGCUAAAUGUAAACAAACCAAAUCCAUACAGCAUUUAAAAGAUUGGAAAAUUAACUCAAGAAUAUUUGUGUUAAAUGUCCAUUUUAAUUUCAAGUAAAUUCCUAGGUCAAGAUUUAUACGGAACAUAAUGAUGAUCAGUUGAAUGAAUACUUUCAUAAUUUGAAAACUUCUUGUAAUAUAUUUUAUUGAAAUUGUGUAAAUAUUGUUUCUUGCAUAAGUUAUGAUUGUUGUGAACACCGUAAAUGUGUCAUAUAUUUAGAACACACUAUUCAAAAAUGUUGUCACUGUAGCAGCUUAAUAUUUAUGUGCAAUAAGUUUCCCCAGUCUUGUGUAGAAACAAAUAAGCUCAAUUUUUAAAAACUUGAUUUAAUUUUAUCUAGAAUAUUUUUUUUAUUGUGAAGAUAUAGGCAAGUCCUAAUAAUAAAUAUACCAUCAUUAUCAUUGCAAAAAUAUAGGCAAGUCCUUUUAUAAUAAUAAAUAUACCUUCUUUAUAUUAAAUGCCCUAAAGUAUUAAUUUUUUCUGUACUAUACAGUUCUUUUAAAGCAGUUUCAAGAAAGCAUUUAUAACUACAUUUAUAUUGGAGUAAAACUUUUUUUCCUGUAAUUUUUUUUACAGUGAAAACUUUUGAAAAAUGCAAAAAACUAAGGAUAACUUAAAAACUCCUAUUUAUCACUUGCUUCAACACUUCAUCUGAUAUUUAAAACUGUUCUGUUUACUCAGAUGACAUUUGUCACUGUGCAUUAUUUUUCUAUAUUCAUAUAAAUUACUCUUCAUUGUGCAUAUGCUGUACUACCAUAGGUGAUAAUAAGGAAUUUCAUUCAUGCCAGACUACUGAAUUAAUUUAUAUUGAUUGUGAAUUUAUUUUGUAAAAAAAUAUAAUAUUGUUAAAGUUUUAUUUUCAGAUUUUACUGAAGAAUUCUUUCAUACUUUAUUUUGAAUUAUGGUAAAAGGAGUCUACAAAUAAAGAGAAGUGUAUUAUUUUUGUUAAUUUUUAUAUCAUGUAAUUAUUUCAGUGUAAUACUAUUUAAAUUCAAUUUCUCAUAUAAUAAUUUUAUUUUAUAUAAUUUUGGGAAGAUGUACUGUCUGUUCAAAAAUUUAUUUAAAAGGACUGUAGUGUAAAAGAUAUUUUUUAAAUUUUGUAAAA